AUGGUGCAAAUGUGGAAGGCCCUCGCACUCGCGCUCGCGCUCGCGCUCGCGCUCGCCGCGCGGACCGCGCUGGCGGUCUCGCCGGUGGUGAGCCUCCGAGCGGUGCUGCAGCAGCGCUUUGGGAGCCGCGCCGAGGCGGUCGCCAGCAUGGACACCGACUCCAGUGGCAUUGUGACCAACGAGGAGUUCGAGCGCUUCAUGGUCCGCAGCCUGGGCCGCAGCGAGGCCGAGGCCGCCGCCACGCUGCAGGCGCUCUGCCCCGCGGUGGGGCAAGUGCGGCUCACGGAGCGUCAGCUGGAUGCCAUGUCUUUCGACCUGCACCUCUCGGCGCUGCGGCUGCUCCUCCAGGCGGAGUACGAGACCAGCGACCAGCUGAUGUCGUUUCUGGAUACCAGUGGAGAUGCUCAGGUGAGCCCAGGCGAGUGGGCCAGCGGUUUGUCCUCCCACCUCAUCAGUGCGCUGAACGCGCAAGAGCUCUUUCAGCGCUUGGACGUGGGGCAGAUGGGUUUCCUCGUGGAGUCCUCCCUCCGCCUCCUGGUGCGCACCAGCCACUUGGCGCUUUGCGACUAUCGCCAGUUGGUGGAUGACGGGGACGACGGCGCGGACGCCGGCGACGCCUUCUUCCGCGCGCUUGUGGCGGCGGAUGACGGGGACCAGAAGCUUCAGCCGGAGGAGCUGGUGGCACAAGCGGAGCUGUACUGCGUCGGGGAGGCCCCCGCGCGCGCGCUGCACGCGGAGCUGGACGUCCUCUCCGACGGCUUCGUCGACCUCUUCGCCCUUUCAGCCCCAAGGCUGCCGCAGUUGCUCCUCCGGGGGUCGCUCACGGCGUAUCGCGCCUGCCUGAAGAGCUACUUUGCCAACGACCGGUCCGCUGCCGUACAGGACUUGGCGGUCCGCGCAGCCGGGUACCCUGCCAACUCCGUCGCGCUGGAGCUUCAAGGAGCACUGGUGGCCUGGCAGCCGGCGGAAGCGAUGCGGCGCCUCUUCGGUCAGCUGGACCCCUUGAGCUCCGGCGCGCUGCCGCGCCAACGCUUCGAGUCGGUGGCGGGCACGGUGACUUUGAGCGGCUUGCGGCUGUUCUUGGCUGAGGUGGCGUCCGACCGACCAGAGCUCCUGGCACGGGCCGACAUCGACCAGGGCGGCUCGCUGAGCCGAGCGGAGUUCCUGAGCCUCACACAGUUGCUGGGGCUCACCACGCUGAACGGUGAGGAGCUUUUUGGCCUUUUGAACUAUUCGAGCACCGAGCUGGAUCAGACCUUACAAGUCGUGCUGGGAGAUGUGACCUUGGUCCACUUGCGUCUACUGGCGCUCUGCGAGUUUGGCCCCGAUAGCGCCCUGGCGCCGGCUGACGAGGAUGCCAGUGACACGGUGGACCUGCAGGAGUUCCACCACUUUGCAGGUGGAUACCUGGCAGUGAGCAACGCCAGCAAUGUUGAGAAUCUCUUCAUUGCCCUGGAUGUCUCCCGCAGAGGGGCCCUGCGGCCGGCGCAGCUGGCGUUGCUGACGGCGCAAGGCACGCUGGACCUGGCGCUGCUGCGGCAUUUGGCGCGAGUGGAGCUUCAGGAGGACGCCCUCACGCCCUUGAUGGACACCUCGCACAACGGCCUGGUGGACUUUCAGGAGCUACGGGCCUGGGCCACACAGCGCUUGGCCCUGGGCGGCGGUGCAUUGGCCAAGGUUUUCUAUGACCUCGAUGUGUGCCAGACCGGGGAGCUGCAAGAGAGCCAGCUGAGGAUCCUCAUCGAGCCUCCCACCGUGGUGGUGCUGCGGCGGCUACUGGCCUCGCGCUUCCCGCGCGCGGCGGCCGCCGCCGCGCUGGCGGCCGACAGCGAUGGGGACGGGCGCCUGGCAGAGGAGGAGUUUGCGCUCUUCAUGCAGGAUCUCUUCAUUGGGGCGGACGAUGCGCUGGCCUUGUUUCGACUCUUAGACUUCGACCAGGAUGGCGCCCUGAACCCCUCGAGCGAGUUGCCGGUGGCCACCGAGCCCACCUUAGCCCUCUUCGACUUCCGCAGGCUGGCAGCAUGGAGCUUCGAGAGCAUGGAGGAGGCGACCAACCGGACGGACGUGGACGGCGAUGGCUGGGUUACCGAAGCGGAGCUCUGGCACAUGGGCUGUCGCUUUCUGGGUCUUCGGGGCAACGCCACAAGUGCCACCGUCUUUCGUGCCAUUGACCUGAGCUCCACCGGGCAGGUCGCCGCUCUGGACGUGGGCCUGGCGCUGGGUUCCGUGUCGCUGGGCGGCUUCCGGAGCCUCGCGCAGUCGGUCUUCACCGCCGGGGCGGAGGCCUUCUUGACCUUCGACUUGUCGGGUGAUGGCUUGCUGCAGAUGGACGAGUUCCUCUCCUUAAGCGCGCAGCUGGCGAUUGGCAGAGCCAAUGCAGAGCUGCUGUUCCAAGAGCUGGCGACGCGGUCGCCGGAUGCCGUGCACCAGGAUGUGUUUCUCCUGGCGGUGAAUGGCUUGGCGCAGUUCCGAAAGCUGGUGAGGGAGAGCUACGCCGACGUGCGCUCCGCGUUGCUGGACUUCGACACGGUACAGCCUUGGACGGAGGUCAGCUUGGAGGAGUUCGCGGCCUGGUGCACGCGGCUGCAGCUGCCGAGCAGCUUGGUCCCAGAGCUCUUUGAGGCCUUGGACGUGCGCCAGGAGGGAAAGCUGCUGCGGUCGCACUUCGAGAUGCUCCUGUCCGGGCAGCUCACGGCGCGCGGUCUGAGCCAACUCUUGACCUCAGCGUUUGGCUUUCUCCAGACGGCCUUUGAGAAGGCAGAUGGUGAGGGUGAUGGGAACGGCGUGGUCGACCUGCCGGAGCUCGCGCGCCUGGCGACGCCCCUGGGCGUCAGCUCCGCCAACGUGGCGCAGCUCUUCGCGGAGUUGGACCAGGAUCAGGUGGGCACUCUCAGCCUGGAGCAGGUGAUGGUUAUGGCGCCCAAGGGCCACGCCCUGCGGCUGAGCAACGCGCAAGCCGAGCUGGAGCACGUUCACAUCUAUGAGCUGCGCUUCUUUGGCGACGCGGAGUGCCAUCUCGACCGCAUCUGCGAGCUUCCCAUCUCCAGUGGGCAUUUCGAGGCGGGCCCCGGUGCGAACGGCUCGGCCGCCUUCACGGCGGGCCGUGCCUUCGAUUUGCGCGCCGAGACGCGCUGGGUCUCACAGUGUGGGCCUUGCAGGGAAGAGGUGGCCUGGCUCGGCUGCAAAAGCGACACGGCCAUUGAGGUCCGUUGCUUAGAGCUCCUGCAGACGGCGCCGACGCGCGGCGAGGUGCCCGCAGCUUCGAAGGUGGCGACCACCUGGCGGCUGCAGAGUUGGAAUGGAAGGGCCUGGGAGACAGUCGCGGACAUUGUGAAGCCUCCACUGUGGGAGAUUGACAACUUUGGUGAAGCCUUCAUCUUCAAGUUGCCCUUCUCCGAGACCACCAGCAGGCCGCGCGCCGCGGAGUCCGUGGACGUCGAUGCCGAGGCUUUUGAGGAUCGCUUCGGGAUGAGCUUGCCCAUCUUGGUGUUGAUUUGCGUGGGCGUUGGCAUUUGUGGGCUAUUGUGUCUUUGCGUGCUGUGUCCGAUCUGUGCGCGGCCCAGUUGCCUCAAUGCCCUGAGGAUCAACGCGCCGGAGCGGAUGGAUGCCAAGCGAAGCAAGCGACUUGACAAGGUCCUUCGCAUGAAGCAAGAGGUGAAGGCGCUGGAGGCCUCCGUGCAGGCGGGCGCCAUGACGACCGAUGAGUGGGGCCAGUGGCACAAGGUGCAGCACCGGGAGCAGAAGGCGCGUGAGAGAGAACUGGAUCAGAUGCGCAAGGUCCAGGCCACCCUGGAGGCUUCGGCCAAGACCCCCGGCGGCCGUGAAGCGCCUAGUGAGGAGCGCCAGGAGCAGCGCCGGGUGGCCAUGGAGCGCUUCCGGCGGAUGAAGGAGGCCUAUGAGUCUAAGACCAUUGCAGUGGAUGGAGUUGCGCUGCAAGCCCCUGAAUCAGUGCUUUUGGAGUUGGGCUUUGAGCCGGAGAUGAUCGAAGCGUUUGGCUUGCCGGGCUUCUCCAGCUCCCAGCGCGAGGGCGGUCUCGGAGAUGAGGAGGACGAGGACUUGGAGAGCAAGGAUUCCGAUUCGGAGCAGGAGGAGAAGGAAGAGGAGUCGGACGAGGAAGAGGACCUGCCGGUGACGACACCCUCCAAGUUCGACGAUGGCCGCGUGACGGUACCACCACAGUCCGGGUGCCAGUGA